CAGGUACUACUGGGAGGUGGAGGUGGGAGAGAAGAUAGAGUGGAACCUGGGCGUGGCCAGACAGUCCAUCAACAGGAAAGGGAAGUUUACAGUCAGCCCAGCCAAUGGCUUCUGGACACUGAGCCUAAAGAGUGGGGGUCAAUAUGUAGCUAACACCUCCCCCACUGCCACACCCGUGGGCCUGCAGCAGAAGCCCAGGAAGGUGGGGGUGUUUCUGGACUACUUGGAGGGUCGAGUGUCCUUCUACUGCGCGGAGACUGGGGUUCACAUCCAUACGUUUACAGAUAGCUUCACUGAUAGACUACAUCCCCUCUUUAGUCCUGGGAGGCAACAUGGGGGCAGGAAUAUCGCUCCUCUUAUUAUUAGUACUAGCUUCUGUAGCAUCUGAGCCCCCUGAUUUAACCCCCACACCUGGAAUAGUCAUUUAAUAAUGUCAUUAAGAGGCCUAAUGUAGAAUAAGGCUCACUCGGUCCUCUCUCACGUCUGCAUUUUCAGUUGGAUAAACUGGCUUCCUACCUAAUAUUGAGUUAAUGCAGUGUCUGUAUUAUCAGGAAAUGAGCUGGGUAAUCAAUGGUAAUGCUAUAAUUUAUUUGAAUUAUAAUUUAUGACAGUAUAUAUGAACCUUCAAAUAUAUAUUUUUUACCAAGUGUUGACUUUUUAAAAUUCUGUGCAUCAUUAAAAAAUCAGUAAAUUAUUCACGUA